UAUUUCGGGCGUGACGCUCCUGAAGCCACGACGGCUAUACACAACUGCCACGAUGGCUGAUGAGGCUGAAAACGAAAAAGCGAAGAUGGAAAGUCUAGCUCAGGAUAUCUUGGAGGUCAGUACUGGAGGAGGAUCCACAGAGAACGAGGUGGGUGCACUUGAAUUUCAAGCAUCACAGGUUAUUUCUCGGCUUGAGGAAGCUGUGGAAAAAGGUACCGAGACCGGAGGAUCUACCUGGAACAAUCCCUCAGGAUUUCUGACACAUCCAAAGUGUCCGGAGGAAAUUCUCGGGCUGAUUCAGGACUUGGUGAUUCACGAGGAUGUUCAACAUAUCGCCGAAGAUGGAAAAACAGAAAGCUCGACGUCUCAAUUCGCAAAUUUACCAACCUUGUCAGAUGCAGCAAAAUUAACCCUUAUCGCCCAUUCAGUCUCGGCAUAUGCAGUCGCUUUGCCCAAAAAUCAUGCCCAAAGAUUAGCUGGAAGGCUGGCAGCGGACACGACCAGAUGGCUCAGUCACAUUUUUCGUUUCGUAGACUGCGCCUCCUCAUUUCACGAAGAUCACCUAGAAGGCCUUGUCCGAGUCACAAGACUUGCUCUCCACAGAAAGUAUCCUCGAUAUAUGGAAGAGGGGUUCACUGCCCUCGCAUCCUCUCCUCCUUUAAUUUACAGCUCUGUCGCCGCACCUCUGGGAAUCGUACAGCAUUUGUGCAGACAGCUUUCUCUGCCUUUAAGUUGUGUGAGGCCGAUUCCACAAAACACAAUGUUCGGAUCCCGGUACAGUAUGGACGUUUCAGCUUUGGAGAGACGUUUAGCAGAAGACACACAAUCAAAUGUGGUGACUCCUUUAUUAGUUUUGGCAGAAACUGGCUCUGUUUUAACCGGACACUGCGAUAAUAUUAGUAGAAUUCGGGAGAUUUGUGAUAAAUACAACGUCUGGUUGCACCUCAGGGGAAAUUCUCUGGCAGCACUUGCUCUUAGUUCUACAAAAGACUUGCCUUCAAAAAUUGCCGACAGUAUCACAUUGCCUCUUGGUGUAUGGCUCGGCAUUCCUUCGUUGCCAGUAGUUACAUUGUAUAGAUUAACAGAUACGAGAGGAGGACGUCCCACAUCCAGAGAUACGACCCUCUCUUUAGUGUCGGGAUUAAUGGUGGAUUCUUUGUCGAGACGAUUGCCCACGUUACCAUUAUGGACUGCGUUGCAAGCUCUGGGUAGAGAUGGUAUACAAAAUAGAUUUAAGCAGUGCUUCUUAGUCGUCGAGGAGUUAUACAAUAAGAUUGCAAAAUUUAACUGCAUUAGUUUAUUGAGUCAACAACCAGGUGGAGAAUUAGGAAGUUUUUCAUUAAACGAACUAAUGUUAAGUCCUGUAAAUAGUCCGCAAUUAUUCGAAGUCGUGGCGAGUGCCUUGGUCUUUCAAUUCGUCCCACCAGAUCGGGACUCUCAAUCCGUCGAGCGAGUUCCAUCCUACUACGACAAACUCAAUUCCUGGCUGGGACAAAUACUCCAAAGAGAUAUUGAUAACGUGCAAAUCGAGCUUUGCGAAAUCGAGCAACACGGAGUGGCCAUUCGUAUUUGUCCCCUAGAAUGCCCUGAGAAGCCAUCGUCCAGUGAAGACAUUGAUAACCUUGUAGCAUGCCUGGAGCAGCAGAUUGAAAUUCUCGUGGCUACGGUACACCAUAAAGACACCUUCGUUAAACUAGUGACGGAGAAUGAUUCCCUCCAUUUGGUGGAAAUGCCAGGGUGGGCGGGUUUAGGCGGAGUACGAUACGCUCCGCCGACUUGGAUUAAUGUCAUGACUGAUCAGGCCAAGGAGGAACUUAAUAGGCUAAAUACCCACUUGGUUGAGACCUUGAGAAGUACGGAUGCGGCCUUUUCUCUGGGAGAAGGUGCUGAUGGAUUGGCGUGUGUUCGAUUCGGAAUGGUCACUCAGGAUACUGACGUGCCAGAAUUACUCUCAUUGGUUCUCCAAGUGGGCCAGGAAGUGGAAGCCAGUUCGAAACUUCUAGACACGAUGUCGGAAGUAGUAAAAAGAGGAAUAGAAGCUGCACAGAUCGAUUUGGAGCGAGAAAAUACGGAGAAACUUUGGCAGGAGGGUAUUUUGCGACACGUACCUGUGGUAGGAACCUUUGUCAAUUGGUGGAGUCCACCAGCAAAAGAAGCGGGCGUUCGAGGGCGUAGUCUAAAUUUACAAGCUGGCGUGGUGGAGAGUACAGAGAAUAUUUACAAGUACCACAUGCAACUGCAGCCCAAUUCGAAUAUCAGUAAUGGUUCCGGUGCACGAACACCUCCCCAGCCUCUGGUUCAAACUCCAGUUGGCGCUGGCAGUCAGAGUCACAGUCGGUCUUCGAGUCACUCGAGCCUGCAAAGUGGUAAGAACGUUCCGAUGAUCGCGAACGUGGCCUCGUUUCAAACCCACGUCAAGGAGGAAACAGCCGAGGUCAAGACUUAGUGAUAUUGCUGUGAUUAUGCCCGGACGGGAAGUAUACGCGAUAAAAUCGGAAGGUUGAGAGUGGAACUGUGCGAAGCCGUGAAACGUUUCUCAAAAAGUCUCCUUUCCGAUAUUAUAUAAUAAAGUCAUUAUUCAGUUUGCAGUGCAACUUAGUUUCUCUUCUGCAUUAAACUGCAUUGCAUCGAUUUUCGAAAAAAAAGCAUCGCAUAGAAUUCGCAAAGGUUUAAAUUUACAAAACUUAAAUUAUAUUUAGAGCAAGAAAAUUUCAUAAAUAUUUUCAAUUUGAAAUAGUUCAAAAGCUUGAAGAUUUCGAUUAAGCAUAAGGCUUGGCGUACUUAUCAAUUUUUAAAGAAAUCAAUCUCUCAUUUACGGAAUAAAAAAUGCAAUUCUCUUCUCUUCUCUUUCACUAUUAUUGAUCAGCACAAAAUAAUGACAAUAUUGUGAUGAUUUUCUUUUGGAGUGAUUUGAAUAUCAGAGGGCAAAUUUGUAAUUGUAAUUUUUGUUUAUUGCUGUUUGUGUUAGUCAUUAAAUUAGUAGGAAAGUCACUCGAUUUUAUUAAAUUAGCACUGAUUAACAAGUAUCACUGUGUUUAGAUAUUAGUCUUAUCUACUUAUGAUUAAAAAAUUGCGAUAACGAAAAUGAUUAGCUAAUUACACAUUUGUCCAUCGCUGAUUUAUUCAAGGUCCGUUCUUUCAAUCCAAAUCCAAAUUUAUAACAUUUUUUUUCAAAGUCAAAAUCCAAUUUGAAGGUUUGACGGUAAUUUUAAUCAGUUUUAAAAGUUUCAAUUCUAGAGAUGAUUGUGGUUUUAUAAACAUCCAUUUGCAAUUUUUAAUCUUUAGAUACAAUGUUGAGUAUUUGUUUAUAUUACUAGUUUUUGUAGAUUUUAUUUAGUUGUAUAUUUUUUAAUAACUUCAACAGUGAGGUUUUCACUGAGGAUUUCAGUAUUAAUUUUUUGUAGAAUUUGAGAGCUGAAUUUCUUUGAUGAAUCACUUGAAUAGCGGGCCGAAAGACCAAAGACCUUACGAAUGAUGCCAUCCUUUAUCGCAUAAUUUUAAAUUCUUAAUGGCAUGUAAUAGAAUUUGGACUUGAAUCCGAAACCAGCGACGAAGUUAAACAGAAAUGUACACAUUGUUGACACAUACCUACACGAAAAUGAAAUAAGCUCAUAAUUAUGUAUAUUUAUGUACCAAACUUGUUGUAAUAAAGUAUUGCUACUGAAAAUUAA